CCCACCGCCGCCCAGCACUACCGGUAACGUAGCACGCUAGUGCGUAGUCCGUAGCUCGUCUGUGCAGUGCACUCAUGGCGGCUUCGCUAGGACUUACCAGCCAUGAAGCCUGCUGCACGGUCCACCCCACCGGCUCCUCCUUGUACAACUUCCAAGCCGAUGACCCCUUCGUGGCAGCAGCGGACGGUGCCGCGGAGCUGAGCUUCCCGGAGCUCGUGGAAGCCGCUCGGGCCUCCGACUACUCGCCGCUUCCGGCGUUCGGCGCCGCUGGAGGCGAGACGAUGAACAUGUACGGGCGGAGCGUCGUCUUCCCUAUGACGACCUCGUACUACUGCGACGGCGCCGGGAUGUUCGACGGCGACGCUUCGGCGAGGGGGAGAUGGGGAGGGAUCGGUGCUAUGACCGGGCGGCCGUCGGGGAGGAUCGGGUUCCGGACUCGGUCGGAGGUGGAGGUGAUGGACGACGGGUUCCGGUGGAGGAAGUACGGCAAGAAGGCGGUGAAGAGCAGCCCCAACCUGCGGAACUACUACCGGUGCUCCGCCGAGGGGUGCGGGGUGAAGAAGCGGAUCGAGCGCGACCGCGACGACCCGCGCUACGUCCUCACCACCUACGACGGCGUCCACAACCACGUCACCCCCGGCAGCACGUCGUCGAGGGCGGCGCCGGCGUACUCGGCGCCGACGGCGCCCGCUUGGACCUGGAGCGAGCUGCAUGCGGCGGCGCACUCCUCGGAGUCCUACUGAACGGAGCUACUGAUCGACCAGUACGUAGCUGGUUCCCUUAGUUUUUACGGUCGAUUUUACGGUUCGGAUGAAUGUAUACGAUUCGUUGCGCCGGUGGUGGUGUGCCGUCACCGAAUAAUUCGGUUGCUUUCCACGUCCAUUGUGCACGCUGGAAACGCCGAUCGACGGCGUGCAUCAUCGAUCUGUAGAAAGAAAAUAAAUUGGUGCACGAACAAA